AUGGACGGUUCGUGGGUGGUGGAGGAGGAGGAGGACAGUGAGGGAAGUAUCAGUUGGGACGAACGCUCUAGAGAGUCAGAACAGGAGCGUGACUACGAAGUCAGACAAGAUCCAAACAUGACUCGUAUGGUGCGAGACCGACGCAAGUCUCCUAGGAUGACACCGCCAGCACCACACGAGCCCCAAUUUAUCAUGCCAACCAUGUCGACGAACAUACCCCCAUCAGACAGGAUCGCCCAGAAGCGCGUGCCUGCCGCGCCCACCAAGGGAACUCCUUCGAAGCAACCCACAACAUCAGUACGUUCAAACCAACCGAACAGAGGACGCGUGCACAAGGUAGCCUCGUCUCCAGUCAUCGAUAAGGUUGUUCUCAUCCUGGUUCAUGCCGCUGAAUGGCUCCUGGAUAUCCUGGGCCAAACACUGAAAGCCUUGAAAAGACCUAUCUCAUGGCUCUUGGCGGCCUAUCUGUUCGCAGGCAUAUUGAUGCUUGUGCAGAACCUCUUGACCACCUCGAUAUAUACCGCCUUAUCUCCUAUCUGUCGAAUUCCAGGGCUCUCGCUUCUUAACCUGCCGAUUUGCCGCUAUGCAUCACCCAACCAUGGUAGCCCGACAAUCUCAUCUGGCACCUCGGCCCCAGUUGAAUUUGAUGCGCUGAUGAAGACACAAUCUCAGUUUGAGGAGAUAUUGUCCGAAUCCGCAACAGGCGUCACUCUGCCUCUCGACAUGAAACGGUCGGAGACUUCCAUCCGUGACCUUCGCCAGAUUGUGCGAUACUCACAACUCGCGUCUCGCAAUGAAAUGGUUCUCGAGUUUGAUGGCUUUAUCGAGACGGCUCGUAUGGCCUCGUACGACCUGCAGAAAUUCAACUCGCACGUCGGCAGGGGCGUUGACAUAGUGCUCAGCACGGCUCGCUGGACACAGCGUGUGUUAGACGACAUGGCACACAAGCAAUCCUCACGAGGUGUUAUCCCAAGCUUCAUCCAAGACAAGGUCCUCGCCCCAUUCAAACCCGUACAGUUCACCGAAGCAAUGCUUCUAGACCAGUAUAUCGCUCACACACGCGUCGUUUCCGACGAGAUUGAGCGGCUUAUCGAAGAAGCACAGGCCUUACUGCUCGUCCUGCAAAAUCUGGAAGAUCGACUGGACGUCAUUCACGCAAUCGCCAUGCAUGACAACAUCGCCGCACAGGCAGAGAAAGACGAGAUUCUCUCUCACCUCUGGACCCUGCUCGGCGGGAAUAGAGCUAAAUUGGGGAAAUUCAAUAACCAGCUGGGAUUGUUAAGACAAGUGGGUCAGUAUAGGAAGGUCGCAUGGGCCCAUGUUAGCGCAACAAUACUGAAGUUGCAGGCUAUGGGGGCUGAGUUGGAGGAGCUGAGGUCUAGGGUCUCCAGCGCGGAGGUGUUGAGAGGACACAAGGAGAUUCCCCUGGCUGUGCACGUUGAGAAUAUAAGGCUGGGCGUACAGAGGCUUGAGGAAGGCAGGGACAGGGCGAGAAAGCUGGAGCAAGGCCAUGUUAGGAGGGUGCUUGAUGGCGCGGAGCAAGGGAAUCUGUUGGUGUCGGAUUGA